CAGCUAGAGCCCACGCUACCUAGGCAAAUAUUUACUAUUUACAUUCGACCGCCGGGCACCACAACCACAACCACGACCACCUCCACCACAAUAACACACAACCAUACCAUACCACCUUGCCGUCGUCGCAGGACAGAACGCACAAAUAUGAAUCAAGAGCUAGACCUAGCUGAUUUGCCCUCGUAUGCCCACUUGAAUCGGGCACAGAAACGUGCAUUCAUUCUACGGGACAAGCUCAAGUUCCUCGACCCUCACCAUCUAGACACCUUCAUCGCCGGCAUCGAAUCCCCCGAGCCGCCCAACUACCGCAACAUUAAUGGGAAGACCGAGCCUGCCUUCGAAGAAGUCACUCUAACGAAAGAUGCCAAACGGCUGGAUCUGGGCAACGUUCGCUUCCAUGAACGUGAUCGCACUUUCAUCAAGCGAUCGUACCUAGUCAUCGAUGCUGGCAAUUGCGAGCUAAAAGAGACCAAGGCUUUACCGCAAGAUGAAGGCAAUCUACUCUGCGUGCCUAUAGAGGCUUAUUCGGUUGAGAGCACUGUACCGCUGUUUCUGGCGAAGUACCAAGCUAUUGAGGCCCGGCGACAUCAAAUCAAUGAAGUGCGUCGGUCGGCUUUCAGCGGAGCGGAGAAGUUCGAACCCCAAAUCAACAGGGGAAAGUCUCUUUCGAAACUACACUCCGAGAGCUACGAGGCGGAUGGAAGCGUGUUCAAACCUCGACCUCGUGCUGCAGGAGACCCUAUCCCGCGGCACGCCGCAAACAAGCGCAAGCGCAUUGGUCUGCCCGGAAUUCCAGAUGCCAUCAAAUCCGAAGCCCUAGGAAGUAUUCCAGAUCAUACAAGAGUGAUUCUUUUCGACAUGAUCAUGAAGAAUGCCUUCCCACACUUUGAUAACUUGAUGAUGGCAUCAUGGAAUGUGGUUUCUUUGUUCAGCGGAACCGGCACUGAGGAGAACGAACUGCUCCGUGCCAUCGCCCAGCUUGAUGCAGUUCUUCGGGAGUUUGACGACUACUAUGCAAUCCCGAAGAAGAUGAAGAGGAGCAGCGUUGAGGAGAAUGGGUCUGGUGCUAAAGACCGGGAUAUGCUUGCUCCUGCGAAUCCUGUUAACUCCCGCAGUGGAAGCUCAAGAAUCUCUGCUGAUCUUAGCACCCCAUCUGCGGCUCCCCAGUCAUUACCAUCUGGCAGCAAGAGCGCCGGGCGUCGCUCAAAGCAGCCCCACCCUUUCCAGAUAGAAGAUGACGAUGAUGAAGAAGAAGAUGUGGUCUCCGGAUCAGAACCUCCCUUUGGUUCCCGUCGUGCUUCUCGGGGGAAACACCAUCAUCAGUCGUCGUUCCCACCUCCAUCCCCUCGUCAAAGCCAACCUCAUCCUUCUUACUACUCUCCACGGGAACCGCCAACCCCCCGCAACCCCUACGCGCAGAACCCAUCCGAGCGCUCGUCCUCCUCUUCCGCAUACCCUCCUUUCCUCCCUCCAAACGACCCUAACUACCCGAGCUACCCCUUCCAUCACUCUCCAUCCAUGAACUCACCAUACCAAAACCACCCUUUCAAUCCCUACGCGUACCCUCCUCCUCCACCGUCACACAUGCCCCCACCGUUCUCCCACCCCAAGAACCCACACAUCCAGCGGAAAUUUACCCAGCCCUCUCCCUCCUCCCGCCAAUCCACGCCCCCGCGUACCGCGUCUCUCGCUCGACCGCUAUCCCAGCAGCAGCAGCAGCAGCGACAAAUUUACACCGACGGCAACAGCGACGAACCAUUGCGCUCACGCUCCAUCUCCCACAUCUCGCCGGCGCGGCCCCCCAAACCCCUCCGCACCGCCGAAAAAGGCGACAACAAAGAAGACGAAUCUGGCACAAAGACACACUCCAAAACCCUGGACGAAGAAUUCGCUGAGCUCGACGACCUCUUCAAUUCUCGGCCCAGCUCUAGGGAUAACGGGAACCGGAAAGAUGAAGAGAAACAAGGUUUUCGCGAUGGAGAAGCGGCGGGUGAUGAGAUGGACGUCGAUCGUCGUCCUUCUCCCAUCACCAGCGGCGGCGGCGCUGGAGGAAACGCGCAGGAGAAACCUGUGAGUAUGCCUACGCAGGGGGUUUAUCUGGGCCGCUCGUCUUUGGGCGCGAAGAAGAGUAAAGGUGGGGUGGCGCCGGUUGCGGAUAUGUUUGGAAAUUUCAGUGGUGGCGGAGCUAUUGGGACGACUCAGGGAGGCGUUACUAAGGGUAAGGAUAGCGAUGCCGGUGUCGGUGCGGGACGGGGUGGAGGUGAGGCUUCCGGCGAGGAGAGCGAGGAGAUGUGA